GAUCCAACGGAAGGCGGGAUGUUUGCGACGCGGGCCAAGAAGACCCAGGGCAAGAGGCGUCGGGAAGUGGAUGCGGAAGGCGAUGACGGCGCGCAUGAUGGAGAUAUUCCUGUUCCUGUCCAAGCCGAGGCUCGGAAGAAGCUGAACACGUUCUCGUCCUCGUCAAAGAAACCCAACGCACAGGAAGUCAUGGAUGCCAGGUUCCAGGCGUCAACGCGACAGGCUGUCCGACAAUCUUAUGCUGGUGAUGCGACGUACGAAUCGCAAAUUGACACAGAACAGGACAGAGAUGCGCGUGCGAUUCUCGAGAAGAACAUCAAGCUCAACGCAGACGGAAACGAACUCAGCGGUAAAAUCUACCAAGGUCAAGCAGGGUACAAGAACUACGCGACGAAGAAGGAAGCGUCGAUUGGCAUGAACAAGUACACGGGAACCCAAGGCCCGAUUCGCGCGCAAACGUGGGCGCGAUCGAUCUGUCGCUUCGACUACGCCCCCGACAUUUGCAAAGACUACAAAGAAACAGGAUUCUGUGGGUAUGGGGACAACUGCAAAUUCCUGCACGACCGCGGCGACUACAAGAGCGGGUGGCAGAUCGACAAGGAGUGGAACGAGAAAGAGCGCAAGAAGGCGCGUGCGUUGCAGGAUCGAGACGGAAAGGACGACGACGACGACGGCGAGUCGGACGAUGACAAGUACGUGAUCAAGAGCGACGACGACGACGAGCAAUUCGCCUGCACGAUUUGCCGCAACCCGUUCACGAACGCCGUCGAGACCAUGUACGUCUUUCCAUCGAUGCAACGGUUCAUGCAUGGUGGUGGUGACGAUGGCGGUGGAGUCUGCCCGUUGUAGCUGCGGCCACUUUUUUUGCGAAAAAUGCGCGCUCAAGCGGUACAAGAAGACGUCGCUGUGCUUCAACUGCCGAAAGCAAACGAACGGGGUGUUCAAUGUGGCCAAGGGCUUGCGCGAAAAGGAGAAGGAGCGGCUGCAGGAGGACGAAUCGGCGACGAGCGACGAUCCCGACGACGCAAUUGCGUCCAAUUAAUAUGUAAGCCUUGCUGCUGUGCAAACGCCAGCCACCUCGUUGUCCUGCGCGACCAACGCACAGCAUGCAUCGACACGCCGGCGCCAGACUCUCCGCCGUGCUGGUGGAUUUGUCGUGAAUAAAGCGUUUUCGGGUUUUCGAUCGAGUGAGGAUUGUCCGGGGACCGGAGAGUCGUUCGUGUGUCUGCCUGCUGCGUGGUGCCAGCACGUUGCACGCAGCUCUGGCGCCAUCGCAUGAAUGCUUCAACGAGUCCUUGAUGAUGCGGCUAAAUUUGGAAUCCAUCGAG